CAUAUACCACUGACAGCUUCCCAGGGGAAUAUGUGCCCACAGUGUAAGUAUGCUGAUCUCAUAUACCACUGACAGCUUCCCAGGGGAAUAUGUGCCCACAGUCUUUGACAAUUACACUGCCAACAUGAUGGUAGACGGAGUUCCGGUCAGCUUGGGAUUAUGGGAUACUGCUGGUCAAGAGGAUUAUGACAGAUUACGACCACUAUCAUAUCCACAGACGGAUGUCUUCUUAAUAUGUUUUAGUGUAGUCAGUCCUUCAUCGUAUGAAAAUGUAACAACAAAAUGGAAUCCAGAAGUUAAACACCAUUGUCCUGAGGCACCUAUACUUUUAGUUGGAACUAAAAUAGAUUUACGAGAAAAUAAGGAGGCGAUAGGACAACUAGCUGCCCAAGGUUUAUCUCCAGUGAAGCGUGAACAGGGUAUCAAGUUAGCCAAUAAAAUCCGAGCUGUCAAAUACAUGGAAUGUUCUGCACUGACUCAGAGAGGUCUUAAACAGGUGUUUGAUGAAGCAUGUAGAGCAGUGUUGCAACCACAACCAAUUAGAACAAAAAAUCAUAAAUGUCAGCUUCUAUGAUCUGGGUCUAUCAGCUGUUCAUUGGGGGAUCUGGCAUCAUCUAAAACCACCAUCUACCUGUCUGUAUCCAGUGUGUAGGAUGUUGUCAAGUUUUGUUGAUCGUGUGAUAUUACUCUGUAUCAUGCACCUUCUUUAUAAGGAACAUUUAGAGUGGCAUAUUGUUAAUGUUUAGUUUACAUGUACUUGUAUGUGUGAGGGUCAACAUUUAUGAAAAAGUCGACACCAUUUCCUGAAAUAGAAAUUUUAAUAAUUGUACAUUUAAAAAAAAGACCACUGCAGUACAAUUUUUUUAUUUAUAGAUUCACUUUCAAAUAUUUACUAUUAAUUAAAUUUUACCAUUUUAUAAACCCUUGAAUUAAGUAUUAAAUCAGCAUGCAUAACUUGAUAUAUGUUGAUAAAUUUAAAAAUAUUAAAUUUAUAGUAUACAUGUAUAUGGUAUUCUUGCAUUUUAAACUCUGAUAAAUACAUGUACCAUAAAUUCUUUUAGUUAAAGAUUUAUAAAAGUGUUCAUAUAGAAAUUUAGUGACUGAAUUUUCAGUUUUGUUGCAUUCAACAUUUAUGCAUUUAAGAAAUAUCAUAUACUAGAGUUAUCCUUCUUGGAGAAACUUGUUUUGCAUGUUCGAGUCAAACACCUUGUGAAGUAAUGAUAAUUCUGCUAUAUAUACUCUUUCUAUCUUUCAACAUUUUAGAAAUGAUGUUCACUUCUCAGUUUAGAAAAGAAAUAUUUUAUUUAUCACUCUUCCUAACAGAAUAGACAAUCAGCUAGGUAGAAAGAUUUAGCUUUGACUUUAUUCAGAUUUACAUGGGAGCUGGGACAGACUUUUGUAGAAAUGUUGAGAUAAAUUCACACACACUGUGGCUCUGUAUAUGUAGCUUUUGCCUAAUAUCCUCCAAGUAUGAUAUGGUUAAUAUUUUGUUUAUACAUUACUUUCCAUAAGCUAUUUUGAAAUUGGGGAUAAGUUGUAAACAUUGUGUAGCUGGCAUUAAGAAUGGAUGCCACAUCGUGUGCCUUUAGAUUAACAGGAUACCAAGAUAUUAAGUCUGGUGAUGGGGUAUCAUUUCCUCCACAGCAUUUUUGCUUUGUCUACAAGUUUGUUAAAGAAGCUUUCUACAAAGGAAUUUUCCCAUUUAUUUGUUAAGAGUACCAGUAUAUAUCCUUGCAUAUUGGCAUAUCUUUUUUUGAUGUGUAUUUUAUAGAAAAAUUUAUACAAGAGAAAUCAUAAAAUGAUUAAUUAAUCAUCUUUAAUCAAGAAUAAGAUUUCGUAAGUGUAAUUUUUUUAAUUUAUCAGGAGGGAUUUAUCAAUGGGGAGGUUUUUCUAAAGGUUGUGAUCCACUGUUGUCAGUUUCAUGUUGUAUUUGACCUAUGACCUUGACCUUUUGUUGCCAUAGACUUUGUAACCUAUAUAAUUUUAAUUAUAUCUAUACAAAGGAGGACUAUAUUAUAUUGCUUAAGGUGCACAUUAAUAUUUACAAAAUGUAUGUGUAAACAUUUUUAAGGUAGUUAUUUAAUGUUGUAUUUUUAUUUAAUACCAUAUUCUAGUAAAGUAUGUAGAAUUGAAGUAUCCUAGGAAAAUUUAAUGUCACAGUCUCAUCAUAGGCUUUUACAAUUAUACUUGAUGAAUUUUUUUUUGGCAUCAAUUGUUUCUUCAAUUUGUUGCCUACAAAUGCCACAUAUUUAGUGGAUUUAAAUAAAAUCAUUCAGAGGGUUGAAAAUUUCAUUUUAUUAUGCAUUUCAGCUAAUUGAUUCUUGUAUUUAGAUUAUGUCAGAAUAUUGAUAACAGUGUGUUGAUGAGUUUGAUCUGUAAAUGAUCCUUUGAAUUUCUUGCUUUUAUAUCACACAAUUUUAUGCACAGAAGUAAAGACUUUGAGUGGAAGUAAAAAAUCAUGAAUCAUCAAGAUUAAAACAGCUUUGUCAGGGAUGUUUAAUUUCACAAUUGUGUACAGUUUUAAUGAUAAAAAAAAUGUUUUUUGAUAGAUAGCGAUAUCUAGUCAUUCAUUUCUAUAUUCUCAUAUGUUAAGUUCUCAUUUCAUGUACCUAAUGGUAGUUUACAUUGAGUGAUAUGCACACACAUCAUCCAUUCAUAAUAUGAUGCAGUAUUUCUAAAACAAAUUCUAGCUUUGUACAUUGUACAUGUAUUUGUAAAAAAUUCCUGUGGAAUAUACAUUAAAAUAUGUGUGCUCUCCAUUUGGUUUCACAAAAUUUGUGUUUAUAUCACUUUAUUCUGUGAAAGGAUGGAAACAUCCCCUUACUUCCAUCUAUUGUGUUUUGGAAUGAAUUUUAAACCUUGCCAUUUAGUUAGACUUGUAGGCCUAAGUUAUUUUUACUUGAUGACCACAUUCUUGUCAUUUGCAGAGAAUUUUUGCAGUCAAAUUUUAAUAAUUAUAUGGAGAUGUUGAACUUUUUGGAAUAGAAAGAUAGAAUGUUUCAGAAUGCAAGUCAUAUAAGUUUUGUAAAAUUUCAACCAUUUCAAAUUCAGACAACCAUUUUUGAAGAAUAAAAAAAAAUGGAGAUAGAUAGAAGGAGCAAAUUGUUGCUUGAUCAAAUGCCCUGGUUUGGCAAAGCACUUACUGCAUUGUUUGGCAGAAAUCAUUGAAAAGAUGUAUGGUGCUAAAUUUCCACUUCUGUGUGUAAAACAGUGUACCUUACAAAGAAAGGUAAAUUGAAAAAAAGAUUAAAGAGUUAUGAACUUGAAUUUCCCUUGCAAAUUGUCCAGAAGAAUUUUAUGAAAAUUGUCACACAGCAAGAUAUAAUGCAUUACAGGAACAUGUUGGUUGUCAAAUACCCGGUACUUCCACAAUAGAUCAGUAUAACCUGUAUUGCUUAUCAGAAUUAGUUUUUGUAAAUGGUGUUCUGAAUUCAUUUGUUUUGAUCCCUCACUGAUCUGCUGCUUUUGAAUUUUAUUAAUCAAAACGUUAUACCAAAUAUUAAAUCUGGCUGUAUAUCCAGUAUUUUGAUGUAUCGAAAUAAAUACAAGCCAUGCCUCCUGAAAAAUCUUCGUCUAUGCUGAGCUUUUGUGUUUGCAAAUUUAUAGAGAGUAAUUUUAUAAAUGAAAUAUAACUUCAUUGUGCACGAGUUCUAUUUGAUAAAAACGCCAGAAUCCGAAAUAAAUUGACUUUUAGUUGAUACAAGUUCUGUUAAGGUGUCACUUCUUUGCGUACAUUACCACAUUAUUUGCUGCAGACUUUUCUAUGAUCUGUACUGUAUGUCAUCUGCUAUGUUUUGUAUCAUAGUUCAUGUCACUUGUGCAAUAUAUUGAAUAAACACUUACAACGGAG